AUGAAAAAGAAAAAGGCGCAGGUUUUCAACGUGUGGGACAGGAUCUCCUACCAGGACACCAACUACAGGCGCUCUAUUCCAGCUGAAGAGCGCCUGUCCAUCUGUCUGCGGUUUCUUGCCACUGGGGACUCCUACAGGACCAUUGCGGGGAGCUUCAGAGCGGGCAUAUCCACCGUCUCCAUGCUCAUCCCAGAUGUGGUGGCAGCCAUCUGGGACUUCUAG